AUGGGGACAUAUAAGUUGUUUGAAGCAGACCCAAGACCCAGUGGAAGAAAUCGACCACGACUAUCUCGCGGUCUUGUCUUGGCAAACAUUGAUUUAGAUCGACUGAAUCCGCCAGGUGAUUUUCUUGUGCGCCGUUUACAUGAAGAUACAAUAAGGAAACAAAAAACAAAUGCAGUAGAAAUGAGAAUGCUCGUUGAUGCUAGAAGAUUAGCAAAAAUCUUAAAUUUGGUAAAAUUACAGAGAUCUAUCGUGAUUUCGAGUCGUUUUGUUGAUGAACGCGGCAUUUCUCUUCCGCGCAUUCGUCGAGAAGACAUGUCUGUCACACGAAGUGAUCCUCUAGAACGACUUUUCGAUCUGCCUGACCUUCUUGAUCGACCUGGUUCACUUAGUAUUUGUGCUCUAUCUUUGGAAUCCAGUGGAAGAAAUCGACCGAGACUAUCGCGUGGCCUUGUCCGGGCAAACAGCGAUCUGGAUCGGCUGAAUCUCCGAGUAGAUUUUCUUCGUCGCUGUUGGCGCCGAGAUAAUGUUGAUUCCGAAGGUGAUCUCGACCUUGAUCUUGAACUUCUUCCAUUUAAGGAAUAUCGACGGCGAGCCAUUAUUAUAAAAGAAAUAAAAGAAUUAACGCAAAGACUAUUAAUUUAUAAAAUUUCAACUAAAAUUCUUGAAAUUUUUCGGCCUUUUUAUACUUUUUAA